AUGGAUUGGAAUUCUGAGAGCACAAUGCCCCUCUUUCCUCAUCCAGACUCUUCUUUAAGCUUCUUCUACAACAAUAACAUCAGAAACCCUUAUUCUGGAAUGGAAGUGAGUGAGAUGACAUUGGGGGAGACACAACAAAGGCUCUUUCAUGUAAUGGAUGAUGAAAUGAACAUGAUUAAUAAUGGUUGUUACCGAGAGAAUAAGAAGAAGAGACUGACAAGUGACCAGAUUGAUUUUCUGGAGAGGUGUUUUCAAGAAGAUAUGAAGUUAGAUUCUGAGAGGAAAAUGAAUCUUUCAAGAGAGUUAGGGCUUCAACCUCGCCAAAUUACUGUUUGGUUUCAAAACAGGCGUACUAGGUUGAAGACUAAGCAGCUUGAACAUUCCUAUGAUGUGCUUAAGCAAGAAAAUCAGAAACUUCGAAAAGAGGUUAUGGAGUUGAAGGAAAAACUAAAAGAGAAAGCUCAUUUUGGGACACAAACAUAUGGUGAAGAGACAAUAGAAAACAUAUUAGCAGGGCUUCCAUGCAGAAAUAUAGAAGGAGAGACAUAUCCAUGUGUCCAUAAGACACAAGCAACCACAAGCAGUACUCAACAAGCUGCAGAGGGACGUGACCACAGUUCUUUCAUUGUUGAAGAUUUUGACUCAGUUUGGCCUAAGUUACCUUAUUAUUCCUAA